AUGUCCCUGACGACCGCGCGUCGCGCGCUGACCCGCGCGGUGUGCCCAGGUACCCGCGCGAGCUUCUCCUCCUCGCGCGUCGCGUCGGCGGCGGCGACACCGGCGGCUAAGCCCAAAGACGGCGCGAGGCAGGUGGCGGAGAUGACCCCGGAGCAGAUCGAGGAGCUGAGCGUGUUCCAGGCGGUUGGGGGGUUGACGAGCGCGGCGAUCGGGGGGAUCGUGGUGUUCGUCAUCGGAGCCGGAGCGACGCUGGGGGUGGCAUCGGGGAUAUCGCAAGUGCUCGGUCACACGAUGAACUCGAAGGCGCCGGAACCGCCUCCUCCGCCGACAAAGGAUGAACUGAGGGCGAGGCUGGCGGAGUGGCGCAAAAGGCCGCGCGGACCCGAACGCGACGACGCCGUGAGGGCAAUCAAGGACCAAUUGCGCGAGUUGAGAAGAACGGAGGGAUCGUGGUGGUGA